UCGCUACACUUCCAUCUUAUAACACAAAAAAAUAAUUCAUAACCAACGCAUAGUUUUAUUGAAGCUUUAAGCCAUGCCGCACUAUCUGUAUUCAGUUAUUUUUUUUUCCGUACUAAUAAUCGCAUUGCACAGUUCAUUGGCAAAUCAAAAUCAAUAUUAUGAAAAUCCUGGAACUUCGAUCAUAGAAGCUGUUCCGCCCGAUAGCAACAGUAAUGAAAGAGGAGACCUGGAUUUGAAAAAGGAUUCAUCGGAAACAUGUUUGGAAACAGAAAACUAUUUAGAAGAUCCUGCUAUGGAGAAUCGCCUGCUUUCCCCCGAAUUUAUAUCAUUGAAUCAAGUGAAUACGCCUAACGCCGACCCAUAUAGACGUGCAAUUUACCACAAAGGACAUUACUAUCCGUACAGUCCCUACAUGUAUCAAGUUGACCCUUCAAAUGAUUCGGGAUCACGACGUAAGGAAUACAACGAUAUUUGGUAUCCUUACACGAAUCCGAAUGUUUAUACAUCAGUGCCAUAUCCUAAUAUACCCCCAGUGAGGACUCUACCACCCGUAUACGCAAGACUUUAUGGGAACUCCCUGCCGUUGGAACAAGAAUGGUUCCCAAGUCAAAUUCGUCGUCAAAGGAAGCUUCAUGAGCAUGACGAUUUAAUAAAACAGCUCGAAUACGACUCAAUUAUGGAGAACGUUUUGCCAACUAUGCCAAUACCUUUUCCACGUGACGCGAGUGAUCCACAGUCUAGUAGAAUUCCAUAUUUAUAUGCUUCUUUUCCACAUGGGACAAGUGAUUGUGCUAUACCAAUUCUCUUAGGCUGUACACCGAAAAUUACGUACGGGAAUUUGGAAAAUCAUAAUUCAAUUCCAGUACCAUACGCCCAUGCGUAUACAAACUUAUUGGAAAACAAGGUGCACGACCAUGUUGAUAUUAGUGGUGGUCAUAUCAGUGGUGAAAAGGUAGCCAAGAGAGAAUAAUGUAUGAGAUUUGUUUACAAAGAAGAAUGCCCGCCAGGAGAGAUGAUGGGAACUAACCUGCAGUGCGCACCGCGACCACGCGCAACUUUAUACAAUGAGACAGUGUGGCAAUA